AUGACAUGGUCCGUUCAGGUGGUCCGGAUCUUCGUCUGGUUGUCCCUAGCGUACGGCGCAGUCGAAGCUGCUGCGGCGGCGGCGCCUCCUCACCAGACCAUCACUCUAGAAGCACUACCUCGUUUGCUUUCGAUACACGAGCCCGCACCGAACGUGACCUCGGCAGCAGACGUGGGCGUACGGAACAAUGCUACCGUCUACAUCGCAAUCCCGCCAGUGUCGAUGGACCAACAGCUCUACGUAACCAUCAACGUCUGCUCCCUUUCAUCCUCGACGCAGUACCCAACUAUACUGGUCUCAAACGGCACGUCACUCUCGACGACGACAGAUGAUGCCGGCGAUCAAGCGUCUCUUUCGCCGCGGGACGAGACGUAUCUCUCUGCCGACUCGAAGCUGGACCGUUCGUCCGGGUUCUCAAACAAGGCGAACGCCAAUCACGUUCGAGAAGUGCUCAGGGGGCAAUAUGUUUGGGACAUCAAGCUGGAAGGCAACGCGGGCUUUGCCAAUUGGACGGGCUGGAUGGGUGAUGGCGGCCUAGUCGGAAUAUUUGCAGAGCAGGGCGAUUCCAUAGACGCAGAGGUCGGUCUGCGUGUCGGAGCACCUCUACACUCCGUGGCACCCGACUUGCCUCUACUCGGCGACACGACAGACACUCAGGCCCUCAUCAUGUCACCUGUCCUCGAACCGCUCGACGAGUAUCGCGACGUGCCAUCUUACCCAAACUACACGCUCUUCUCGCCUUUUCCCCAAAAGAUAGACGUGCCGGAUGUGGACGCCAAACCGUUAUACCAGGCUCGGCCGAUGUACCCGAUCAUGCUCGAGACCGCCUCCUGGGCGGCAGCGGGAGGACCUACGUUAUUAAGCGCUAGCAUGUGUGCCAUAUACCGCAGGGUGAACGAGACGACCGACUUGACCGGGUUUGCAGACAUUCUACGCAACGACUCGCGCACGGAAGAGUUUGAAACAAGCACGGCUCAAGCGACCGCUUCCUUUAUUCAACGUCCAGCAGGUUGGCGAUGGGAUUGGGUCGUACAAGGCUUGGUUUCAGACGCCACCAACUAUACUUCGUGGAUUGUUGAACCUGGUGACAGUCCGAGUCGCGGUACGAUACAUGGUCCGAUCAACAUGGUCACAAAGGAAGCCACAUUCCCUUGCCCUCUUGUACACGGACUCGGCCUCUGUCCGUCGAUCGCUUAUGCGGCGCCGCUGAACGUGUCGUCGGACAAGCCGUACCCGAUCGUCACUUCGCUCGAGAGUCACCUCGAAGACGUCCUGAGCGCAUCGCUCAACGGGUUUUCGACAUCCUUGCUCUCCUCGGCAUGUGGCAGAGACCUUUUCUCGCCUGUCAGCACGUGUGCGGAUUGUUUCGACGAAUAUAGGGAAUGGCUCUGUCGCUCGAUCUUGCCUCGAUGUGCGUCCCGUGCUCAAAUCGAUGCGUCGGACGGACGGACCCAGAUGAUGGCAAAUGAACAGUACAAGGGCGAUGCGAUCCCUAUGGCGACGAGGCGAGCACUCGACAACCCGAGGACACCCUUUUCCGCGCAACCGACGUAUCCGUACGAGGAACUUCUCCCCUGCUUGGACAAUUGCCGCAGGGUCGACCGCAAAUGUCCCGUCUUUCUCGGGUUCCGCUGCCCUCUUCGUGGUAUCACGGCCAAUCAGAGUUACGCAUACUGCGGUCCUGACAAGGAAGAUCGUGGGCGGUGUGAGGGCGAGACUGACGGAGGCGCUGACAUGUGGGGCAAUGUUUGGUGCAACGGAUUUCAAUUGUAA